ACAGAGUGACCGCAGGAAGGCCCAGGUGGCAAUGGAGGCAGCCUGGAAGUCCAUGGAGAAGAAGGAGAAGAUUCCCUGGAUCAAGAAGGCAGCGGAGGACCAGAAGCGUUAUGAGAGGGAGCUGUUGGAGAUGAGGGCGCCUGCAGCAGCGGCGGCGGCAGCGGCAGCAUCUGGCGGCGCCCAGAAUCAGAGGAAACCAAAGUUUGACGGAGAACCGAAGAAACCUCCCGUGAGCGGGUAUCAGAUGUUCUCCCAGGAGCUGCUGACCAACGGCGAGCUGAAUCACUUUAGCCUGAAGGAGCGGAUGGUUGAGAUCGGGAAGAGGUGGCACAAACUGAGCCAGAGCCAGAAGGACAAGUACAAGAAGCUGGUGGAGGAGCAGCAGGUGGAGUACAAGGCCGAGCUGGAGGACUGGGUCAAGUCUCUGUCUCCUCAGGAUCGAGCCGUCUACAAAGAGUUCUCCUCCUCAAAGCGUCGCAGCACCACUAAAGUCCGCAGCAGCCCCGCAGCUAAAGUCCGCGUGACGGCCAAGAAGGCAGCCAGCUCACGAACCGCCACCACAGCCGUCAACGUCAACAAGAGAGCCAUGGCCUACAGAGCCAAGCAGGACAUGUCGGACUCAGACGAGGAGAAGAGCGACUCGUCCGACUCAGAUGAAGACGACGAGACUUCAGGAAGCACAGACAGCGACGACGAUGACGACGAGAACGACGAUGAGGACGAGGACGACGAGGAUGAUCAGACCUCCUCAGAGGAAUCCAGUGACUCGGACUCGGACUAGCCCCGCCCCCUCCCCCUCCCCCUCAUUGGAGAGGACAGGCUGUGCAGGCCACGCCUCCUCACGUGCCAAUCAUUGCGGUGGGCCAAUAAGAGCGGGCGAGGCUGCGGUGGCGGCGACGGAGCCUGAUGGAGUGUUUUGUUACUUGUGUGUUUCUGUUUUUAUCGAGUGUUUGUUGGUUUUUAUCUGAGGAAUGUUUCGGUCGGCGGAGACUUUUUUUUUCUUUGAGCAGCGGAGGGGGCGGGGCUUGUACAGUUUGACAGACGGGGGAGGGGCUAUUGGCUGUCGUUUGUUACCGAUGAGGGAGGAGCCAGUGUUCAGCCUCCAAUCAGAUGCCUGCCUGAGAAAAUUCACAAAUAAAUGCACUUUUUCUCA